AUUUCAUUAAAUUUUAAUUGUCUUUGAUUAUGAAAUUAAAUACUAUCGCAAUAGCCUUUUUGUAUUCCUGUUUCUCACAGUUUUUAAAAAAUGUGUCUGCUCUGAGGCGUAGUUCUCCAGAUUUGUCACCAGAUGGUUCUUUUCUUCAAGUAAAAUCAGCUUCUCCUCAAGAUAAACAAGAUGUAAUCCAAAGUUCCUCUCCUAAGGUAACAGUGCCUACGGUUGACCCUGAAGGCCUCAAGAAGGCGGUUACUGCAGCAGUUCUAUCAAACCAAAAUCAAGCUCUACAAAACGGUGCUCUUAAUCCAGCAGAUUUCACUCAAGCUGCCUCUGUUAAUUCCAUGAGUAAUGCUGUUAGUGCCAUGAACAAUACUGUUGGUCCAGUAAAAAAUCCCAUGGCUACUGUUGGUACUAUGAACUCCUUUACUGGAAUGCCUGGUGUACAGGAUAAUUUUCCUCAGACACCGCCUGUUAAUGUUCAAGACACCUCUACCCAAGAGAACAGUCUUGACAACCUAAAUCUCCUCUUAGAUCCCUCGUUAGUAAAGAUAUCUCAAGCUGAUAGUCACAUAAAAGAAAGCAUGGAAAAAGCUGUACACAGCCUUAAAAAGGUCUUGGAGGGGCUAACCAACCUUGCGACUCUGUCUAAAAGUAGGGAUACUGAACCGUUUAAUGUUCUGGGGGAUGACUAUACGAUGCGUAACGUUUUGGACCUCAUGAAUAAGGAACUCAGGCAGGUUGAAUCUCUUCAGAAAGUUGUGUUCCAAUUCAACGCCUUUGCACUUUCCACCUUCACUAAGAGUCCAGACGAUAAUAAAAAAUCCUAA